AUGGUGCACGGGCAUGCACAUCACACCCACGACCACCCCCUCGAGGGGCGUCUUGAGGAGCGGGGCCACAAUGAAAAUGAUGAUACCAUCAUCGUCUAUACGACCAUAGUCAAUGGCGAUGGUAACGAUAACGCCGAUACCAAGACCAAGGCGGAAAAGACAAAGGACUCGAACGUUGGUGUUGGUCCUGCUGUUGGUAUCUCUGCUACCAAGACGACCUCCGAAGAGAGCAAGACCACUGAGGAGGUAACUAAGACAACCGAAGAGGCCAAAUCUUCCACUAAGGAGGAGAAGACAAGCACCAAGGAGUCUGAAAAAGAGAGCACCACGGAGAAGGAAACCAAGGAAACCACUACCUCUGAGACCGAGAAGUCAAAGACGACAGCAGAGGCCACCACAACCGAGCACACUGAGGCUAUCACCACCGCCACGGAUACGGCGCAAACAGGUGCCACUGCGACUCAGACUUCCUUUGUGACUUCAACCUCGUCAAGUUCGGCCGACUCUACCAAGGAUGUGAACGGUCUCGAUCUUGCUGCGACUGCCAGCGCAUCUUCUACCAAUUCCGCUGCUUCAGCUUCCUCCACAGCGAUCAGCUCUGGAUCGACGGGUCUAUCCUCUGGCGCCACAGCUGGUGUGGCCAUCGGUGUCAUUUUGGGUGUGGGUUUUAUUGCGGCUCUUAUUUUCUUCAUUGUCCGAAAGAAGAAGCGCAACCAGGCAGAUGACCCUCCCCCAAUGGACGAGAAGAUGUUCAGCGCCCAGAAUCUGCCCCCUUUCCCACCAGUUCCUAAGCCAAUGACUCCAUCGCAAGCCCCGAAGCUCAACGUUCGCCCCAUCACCCAGUUCGCACCUGAUCUGAGCAACAGUGGCUCCUUCAACACCGCUAGCACUUUCGCCGACGCAGGAGUCGGUGCAGGUGCUGGUGCAGGAGCUGCAGUCGCCUCGCGUAAUCUGACUGGUGAUGUGCCACCUCAAACUCCACCAAAGUCGGCCGCCAGCUCUCAAAAUCCUUUCACUGAUCCGGUCAACCCUUUCAAUACUGCUAGCACAGCAUACUCGGUCCAUUCCAAGAGUCCGUCGUCGAGUUCAGACCCUUCAGGUCCUUCGGGCCCAGCUGUCGCAGCAACAGCUGCUGGAGCUGCAGCCCUGGGGGCCGCCGGUGCCGCUGCUGUAGCCUCCCACGAAUCUGAUAAGACACAGUCAACCCGAGCUGAAUCCAUGGAAUCGGACGUCCGUCCACCAAACUCGCCUAGCCCCGUUAGUGUGGAUGGUGAAUCCGUUUCAUCAGCAGCAAUGAUUGCUGGAGGUGCGGCUGCCGCAGGCGUUACCGGAGGUGCUGCUCCAGGACCGUUAAAUGUGUACCGUGUACAGCUAGACUUCAGCCCUUCACAGGAAGACGAACUGGAACUUCAAGCCGGCAGCCUCGUCCGGAUGCUUCACGAAUAUGAUGAUGGAUGGGCUCUGUGCGUCCGCCUUGACCGUUCCCAGCAAGGAGUCGCUCCUAGAUCAUGCCUAUCUUCUCGCCCUGUCAAGCCUCGUCCGCGUCCACCACCCGGUGCCCCUGGCCCCGGCCCCCGUGGCCCACCAAUCAUGGGGCCCAACGGCCACCCAAUGUCACCAGGCGGUCGCGGUCCACCCUCUGGACGAUUCUAUCCCACAGACGCACGUCCAAGGUCACCAGGCGGUCCUGGAUACGGCCCGCCCCGCCCUUACCCUGGUCGCUCAAUGUCGCCUGCAGGGCAAUUCCCUGUUCCUCGAUCCAUGAGUCCCGGUCCCAGAUCCAUGCCCCCAGGUCCCCGCUCUAUGUCCCCGGGACCUAGCAUGCGACCCGGUCCCAGUCCAAGGGCCAUGUCACCAGGCCCCGGCCCCUACAAUGUCCCCCGAUCAAUGAGCCCAGGACCCUACGGCCCUGGAAUGCAGCGACCAGUAAUCCAUGCCAACCAACGUCAACGAAGUAACAGUGCAGGCAACAUCUCCCCACCGAAUGUCGGCACUGCAGCUCCUCCCCGAUCGAGUCCUCUGGCUGUAGCACAGCCUCCAGCACCCGCUCCUACAAGCGACCUCCCUGCUAUUCCUAGUUCUGCACCUAGCUCUCCUGAGUCGCAAAUUAGCAGGAAACCUGUUCAUGCAGACUUCUAA